AAAACACUAUACACAAAACCCAGAGAUGGUGAAGCAGUGGAAACGUGCUCUUUUUGAAACUGCAAACUUGGCUGGUUGGGACUCUCGGAUCUAUAGGGACGAAUCACAACUCAUUCAUAAUAUUGUCAAUGACAUUUUGAAAAGAUUGGAGCACAUGUAUCCAAGUACAUUACAAGGUCUUGUUGGAAUUGAAGAGAACGCUGAUUGUAUUGAAUCAUUAUUGGAAAAUGCCUCAAUAAUUGGAAUUUGGGGCAUGGGUGGUAUAGGCAAAACAACUAUAGCUAAAGCUGUAUUCGCCAAGCUCUCCUUCCAAUUUGAAAGUAGUUGUUUUUUUGAGAAUUUAAGAGAAGAAUCAGAAAAAUAUGGACUAAAGCAUAUACGUGAUAAACUUCUUAGAGAACUAUUGAUGGAAGAAGAGUCCAUGGUUAGGUCCACGUCAUUUGCCAUGAGAAGACUUAGUUGUAAAAAAGUUUUCAUUGUGCUUGAUGAUGUCAACAAGAUAAAUCAAUUAGAAUAUUUGGCCAAAGAAUGUCAUGCCUUGGGACCUGGUAGUAAAGUCAUCAUUACUACGAGAGAUAAACAUUUGCUUCUUGGAAGAGUAAAUGAAAUAUAUGACGCCAAGCCAUUGAGCGAUUACAAAUCAGUUAGCCUUUUCAACCUCAAAGCCUUUCACAAAGAUGAUUAUGAAAGCGGAUAUGAAGAACUAUCUGAGAGAGUUGUUGCUUAUGCUAAAGGCAAUCCUUUAGCUUUAAUCACCUUGGGUUCAUUUCUAUAUUCCAAAACUAUAGAUGAAUGGGAAAGUGCAUUGACAAAAUUGGAAAAGACAAGCCAUGAAGAUAUUCAUGCAGUGUUAAAAUUGAGCUAUGAUGGACUAAACUUUGAAGAGAGAGAAAUGUUUUUAGAAAUUGCUUGCUUUCUAAAAGGUGAAAGUAUUGCUAAAGUAGUAGCUCUUUUAGACAGCUAUGGCUACCAUGCAACAAUUGGCUUGAGGACCCUCGUAGAUAAGGCCCUCAUACGCAUUUCUUCUUAUUAUGUGGAGAUGCAUGAUUUAAUACAACAAAUGGGUCGUGAAAUUGUUCGUCAAGAGUGUGUAAAAAAUCCUGGAAGACGAAGUCGACUAUGGAAUCCUGAUGAAAUCUAUGAUGCAUUGAAAAAUAAUCGGGUAACUGAUGCAGUUGAAGGCAUAAGUUUAGAUUUGUCUCAAAUUGGAGAUAUAUGCUUAACUUCCAACACCUUAAAAAAGAUGCCUAAUUUGAGAUUUCUCAAAUUCUAUUCAUCUAAUUCAGAUAGAAGGUCAUGUGUGAAUAUUCCCUCAAGCCAAGGGUCAUUUUCCAAUCAUUUAUCUUAUCUUCAAUGGGAUAAUUUUCCUUUUGAGGCUCUACCAUCAUCUUUUUGUGCAGAGAAACUUGUUGAACUUAGUAUGAAUGGCAGCAAGCUUAAAAAAUUGUGGGAUGGAACACAGGAUUUGGUAAAUUUAAGGGGAUUAGACCUUGGAGGAUCUAAGCAAUUGGCAGAGCUGCCUGAUUUCUCCAAGGCACGGAAACUUGAAUGGGUGAAUCUCUUCUCAUGUGAAAGUUUAAGCCAUCUGCAUCCCUCUAUUUUAUCUCUCCAUAGAUUAAAGUCUUUGGGGCUCACUAAUUGCAUAAAGCUGAAGCAUUUGCAAAGCGAGAGCCCUUUAAAAUCUCUAGAGAGCCUUAGUGUUGAUAAUUGCUAUGGUCUCAAGGAAUUUUCAUUAUCAUCAGAGAGCAUGACAGUUUUACAAUUAAAUAGAACUGGCAUUGAGUCAUUGGGCUCUUCAAUUGGUUAUCUCCAGAAACUCACUAGUCUCUCACUCAAUUGCUCAAGACUAAAGAAUAUUCCAGUCAAUGAGUUUUAUGGACUGAGAUCUCUAAAAGAUCUUACUUUUUCUGAUUGUGGAGAGAUAAUUGAUGAAUCAAAGUUAUAUAUCCUAUUUGAUGCUUUACAAUGUCUAAUAAGUAUUCAUUUGGAUGGGAGUUGCAUCUUGACCGAGCUCCCCGACAAUAUCAAGCAUCUAUCAAGACUAGAAUUUCUUUCCUUGAUAAAUUGCAAGAGCCUUCAAUCUUUACCAGAGCUUCCUCCAUCCAUCAAAGACUUAGAUGCUACCAACUGCACAUCAUUGGAGACGCUAAUACUCACUUCUCAUACUGAAUUUCCAUUGUUGCCACAGCAAAUAAUGCAGAAUUUAACACCCUAUUCCUCAAUCAGGUAUCUCAGAAAUCUAAGAAGGCUUAUUCUUUCAUGUUGCAACAUAGGGAACCGUUCACUUUCCCAUAUUAUGGCGUUUGCUUACUUCUGUUUGAAGCGUGGUGUGCAAACAAAUCAAAUGGUUGAUGUUUGCUGUCCAGGAAGAGAAGUUCCAGAUUGUUUUAAACAUAAUCAGACAACUAAGGCUCCCAAUUUCAUAACUAUUGAGCUUUCUUCAACCAUGAACAACUUGCAAGGCUUCAUUUUCUACUCUGUUCUUCCGCAGAUCACUCCAAAGGAAAGCUGUUCUUACAGAGUAAAAUGCCAAAUUUAUGAUGAAGAUGGUGAAUGCGGCACAAGCUUGAGUUUUGUUAUAACAAAUGUUAAUUCACACCAUGUUUUUCUGUGGACCACUCAUAAAAACAUAUUCACAAAAUAUCCAGACGCCAAUUACAAGCCAAAGCUUUCAUUUGAAUUCUAUGUUGUUACAUAUGAUAGCGAUGAUUUUAUUGGGUUCGGUUUUAUGAAGGAAACAAAACACGAUGGCUUGAUUGAAGCAUGUGGAGUCUGCCCAAUAUAUGCCCCAGAUUAUCACAACUUCCUUCAGCAAGAGGAAUUGGAGGUGGGAACAAGGGAGCAAAGGACUUUUGAAGAUAUUGAGGAGCAUUCAUUUCGUGGAAUACUGGAAUAUGCUAGUUUCUCACUGAAGCAAGCAAAAUAUGGUGGUUUUGAGACAAGUACUAUUCCAGAGUGGUUUGCAUACAAAAGCUUGACAACAGGGUCUUCUGUCUCUGUUCAGCUUAAUCCUAGUUUUGAUGGCUUAUUGGGUUUCGUUUUCUGCUUUGUUAUUCCUCAAUUCUCCUUAAAAGAAAGGGAUCUACGGCACUCAUCAUGUGGAUACUAUGAUGAAAAUAACAUUUAUCAAGAAGGCCCUAGAGGAUGGCAUUAUUCAAUGAUCGGAUUGAAUUCAAAUAAUGUUUUCCUAUGGUAUGAUCCCCUCUAUUGUGAACUCAUUCUGGAGGAUAUUCAAAGCAGAAUAGGCCCCAGUAAAUCUGAGAAAUAUGAAUCAAAGGUCACAUUUGAAUUUAAGUUUGGCGAUUGCUUGAUCAAAGAAGGUGGAGUUCGCCCAAUAUAUGCCUCAAAAUACAGAGAGUUCCUUCAACAAAAGGAAUUGGAGUUGAAGUUAAUAACAGGAAAAAAGAGGUGUCGGAGUAUUGAUGAUGAGCCACAGCAACCCACUGCCACAAAGAAAUGGAAGACGUCUUCAAUCCUUCAACCUGUUCCCCUGAGUUCUGAGUCCAAGACAUCUCAUGAUUUUGAUGAUGGCCAGGUUUCUUCUCAAGCUAACAUUGUUGGCAUUUUCCUGGAUGCAGUGUGUAGCAAUAGGCUAUAUGCAGUUGAGUUGGAUUAA